CACCCCACCCCACCCCACCCCACCUCGUCCGUCCUCCUCUCCACUCUCUCUUCUCCCUCCAAUAAUUCUCUCCUCUCUCUCUGCACUCUGCUUGCUCCACCUCCAAGCACCACCGAAUCAGGGCCAGUGGGAGCAGCAGCAGCAGCGAGUGGGAGCAGAGGAGGGCAGAGAAUCCCAUGUCUCCGCCCCUCGCUAGAGCAGAUCCUCGGCGAGCCGGGCGUGGAGCUGCUUCGGUAGAAAAGCGAGCCAACUGAGCCUGCGAGCGCCUGAUCCGCCCGCGGCCCGAUCGGGAUCGAUGGGCGGUGAGGCGCCGGAGCCCCGGCGGCUGACCCGCGCGCUGAGCAUCGGCGGCGGCGACGGCGGCUGGGUCCCCGAGGAGAUGCUGCACCUGGUGAUGGGGUUCGUCGAGGACCCGCGCGACCGGGAGGCCGCGUCGCUGGUGUGCCGCCGGUGGCACCGCGUCGACGCGCUGUCGCGGAAGCACGUCACGGUGCCCUUCUGCUACGCCGUGUCCCCGGCGCGCCUGCUCGCGCGGUUCCCGCGGCUCGAGUCGCUGGCCAUCAAGGGGAAGCCCCGCGCGGCCAUGUACGGCCUCAUACCGGACGACUGGGGCGCCUACGCCCGCCCCUGGGUCGCCGAGCUCGCCGCGCCGCUCGAGUGCCUCAAGGCGCUCCACCUCCGACGCAUGGUCGUCACGGACGACGACCUCGCCGAGCUCGUCCGUGCCAGGGGACACAUGCUGCAGGAGCUCAAGCUCGACAAGUGCACCGGCUUCUCCACGGAUGGACUCCGCCUCGUUGCGCGCUCCUGCAGAUCACUGAGAACUUUGUUUCUGGAAGAAUGUCAAAUUAAUGAUAAAGGCAGUGAAUGGAUCCACGAUCUUGCAGACGGUUGUCCUGUUCUGACAACAUUGAAUUUCCACAUGACUGAGCUUCAAGUGAUGCCAGCUGACCUAGAGUUUCUUGCAAGGAGCUGCAAGUCACUGAUUUCCUUGAAGAUUAGCGACUGUGAUGUUUCAGAUUUGAUAGGGUUCUUCCAAUUUGCCACAGCACUGGAAGAAUUUGCUGGAGGGACAUUCAAUGAGCAAGGGGAACUCACCAUGUAUGGGAAUGUCAGAUUUCCAUCAAGACUAUGCUCCUUGGGACUUACUUUCAUGGGAACAAAUGAAAUGCCUAUUAUAUUUCCUUUUUCUGCAAUACUGAAGAAGCUGGAUUUGCAGUACACUGUCCUCACCACUGAAGACCAUUGCCAGCUUAUUGCAAAAUGUCCGAACUUACUAGUUCUCGCGGUGAGGAAUGUGAUUGGAGAUAGAGGAUUAGGAGUUGUUGCAGAUACAUGCAAGAAGCUCCAAAGGCUCAGAAUUGAGCGAGGAGACGAUGAAGGAGGUGUGCAAGAAGAGCAGGGAGGGGUCUCUCAAGUGGGCUUGACGGCUAUAGCCGUCGGUUGCCGUGAACUGGAAUACAUAGCUGCCUAUGUGUCUGAUAUAACCAAUGGGGCCCUGGAAUCUAUCGGGACAUUCUGCAAAAAACUCUAUGACUUCCGGCUUGUUCUGCUUGAUAGAGAAGAGAGGAUAACAGAAUUGCCACUGGACAAUGGUGUCCGAGCUUUGUUGAGGGGCUGCACCAAACUUCGGAGGUUUGCUCUGUACUUGAGACCAGGAGGGCUCUCAGAUGCAGGUCUCGGCUACAUUGGACAGUGCAGUGGAAACAUCCAAUACAUGCUUCUCGGUAAUGUUGGGGAAACUGAUGAUGGAUUGUUCAGUUUCGCAUUGGGAUGCGUAAACCUGCGGAAGCUUGAACUCAGGAGUUGUUGCUUCAGCGAGCGAGCUCUGGCCCUCGCCAUACUACGCAUGCCUUCCCUGAGGUACGUAUGGGUUCAGGGCUACAAAGCGUCUCAAACCGGCCGAGACCUCAUGCUCAUGGCGAGGCCCUUCUGGAACAUAGAGUUUACACCUCCCAGUUCCGAGAACGCAGGUCGGUUGAUGGAAGAUGGGGAACCUUGUGUAGAUAGUCAUGCUCAGAUACUCGCAUACCACUCCCUCGCCGGUAAGAGGUUGGACUGCCCACAAUCCGUGGUCCCUUUGUAUCCUGCCUGAGUGUAAAUAGACUAAGCUGGUGUUUUUCUCCCUCAUCCCUGCUUCCUUAGCCUCCUGGUCAACAAGAACGAUGUUGAUGACUUGAUAUGUGGUUAUUGUAUGGAUCUAGAUGGCUAGCUGCUACGUACUGUAAUAAGCUACUAGUAGCUGAGAUGUCCUGGAAUAAGCCCUUGCUAUUUUCGCCUGUACUGCUAUCUAAUCCUAGGAAGAUGUAUACUACUAAGUAACGGUGGAAGAUGUGAGUCUUGCUUGCUCGCCCUGAUUUGUACUAUUGGAGGUAUAAGAAUACCUGGGUUUUUGCCGCCUACUUUGAGCAUUGAGAUGUGUCUGUGUC